CUUCAGUUUGUCCUCCACAGCUACCACCGAGAAGUGAAGAAAGUUAUAGAUGCAGCCCAAGGUAGCUGGGAAAGGUUCAAAGAGGGAAUGCAGAGGAAGUACCGCCUUGGAGAUGGACUAUUGACCACUGCGGACCUUGAAGCAAUGAACAAGGAGGAUUUUACGACGAUAGGGGUCUUUGUUCAGGAGUUCAAGAAGAGGGCGCGGAAGGUCCAUGGGAUUUCGGAGGAAGCACAGUGCGCCAUCUUCCUGGGGCUACUCACGGCAUCGGAGGCCGUCGAGUUGAUGAGGCAUGGAGGAGGUAGCACCAAGCUCACCUGGACCACUAUUGACAGAGGGAUGGAAGUUGGGUAUUUGGUCCAAGUGGAGCAACGUCAGGUACGCCUGCAAAGGCAGAAGAGAAAGGAAAUAGAUGCGACCGCUUCUGGGACCCCGGGGGUAACAAGGAUUGUUACAGACGUAUUGGCACAGCUGGGGUAUGCAACAGAGCCGGUGGUGCAAAGGAGGGUAGCAACGGUUGUCCAAGUGAAAGGAACGGAGUCGGUGAUAGAGGAGGUUGUUCAGGAGGAGCUCUGGGAAGAGGAAGAGCCGGUGCCGCAACGCCUGACGAAGGCCCAGCGCAAAGUGCGUAACUUGGCACAGGGCGGACAGGGAUCAGGAAAAGCGCAGGCGCCUCAGGCGGUGGCGGCGGCUCAUCCAAGUGUGGCGGCACCCUCGUCUAGUGCGGGCCCCUCGCAAGGAGGGGCGUCCUCCUACGGACAGUGGUCCUGGCCGGUGAUGAAUGCAAUUGUGCCAUGGGGUAGUCGGCCGCCAGUAGUGGGGUCGCAAAUGAGUAUGCCGCCACCCAUCUACCCCGCAGCCCUGACCCAGCCUGUGGCCCCGCCGCCGUCACCUGCUCCCAGUUCACAGGGAAGCGUGGUUGGAGGCCAGGGGUAUAAAGGCCAGGGAGAUCAGGGAAGUCAGGGGUAUGGGAGACCCCGUUUUGACUGGAGGACGGCCAUCUGCCAGCAUUGUGACCAGCAAGGCCACACCAUAAGGUUCUGUAACAUAAGACGAGAAGAUCAGAGGAGCGGGCUAAUUCCCUCUACUAUGGAUGGGAACAUUAACGAUCAGUUUGGGGAGGUCAUUGACAAAAGGCUUGAAGGAGUGAGAGCGGAAGCCCAACGAAGGGCGGCAGCCGGACCACCACCCCCUGCCACGUUCAGGCUAUGGCAGGAGAAGGAGGAACCACCGAUUGGGGUAGAGGAAGUGGGGAGCGACGAGGAAGUGACUCAAGGGCCACGAGGAGGAAGCAAGAGGGAAAAACCCAUAAUCGUCGAAUCGGAUGACGAGGACGAGGAAACAAGGGCGGAACCAUCGUCCGUCUUAUUGGGAAAGAUGGAGGACUUGCUGAAUAAGGUAGGAAGGUACCAACAAAAGUUGGUGAACCUCUGUAGAGAAGUGAGGGUAUGGAAGUCUAGCAUCCCCAAGGUAUUCCUGUACGACUCCGGCCCGGAGUCAGCGCCUGGGCGACCCGGAGUAAAUGUGGGGGGGGCGAGCCCACAAUCGGGAGUGAUGGGGAGACCCCUCACCCCGCAGGCCCGGCUGGCACAGGCAGCGCGAACGAGGAAUCAAGCCAAGGCCAGUGCCAGCCAAGAGCCUCCGAGGAGGGAGACCGAACCAGGAAGGAGGAAAGAGGCCGUGGAAGUGGAGGACGAUGAUGAGGAGGAGGAAGAAGACGAGAGGCUGCAUCGGGAAGAGGAUCAGAGGGCGGAGCAGCGGGCAAGGAAAAAGGGGACGAGCAGAGAGGCCGAACCGGUUAUACGUGACGGACCACCCAAAAAGAAGAAAUACGCGGUUCGGUUGGAGGAGGGAUUUUACGUAGAGAAAGUGAUCGACCGGCUGCUGGAAAGGCAUAAUGACCUCAUGACCUUGAAGGAAAUCCUAGCGUCGGCUCUGCGGCUCUGCGAUGAACUGAAGGGGAGAUUGUCACGGCGCCUGGUGCCCAAUGUCCAUCUGGGUACGAUCCUGCCCAAGGAGGCUGAGUGGGCGAAAAGGCCGACUCACAGACUGCGCUUGCGCUGAUGCGGGGCCCUUUCCGCUGCCCGGGAGCCGAUAUACCAGCUCCAAUCUUCCUGCCUCGGGGCAUUCCAGAACU